AUGGACGAUAACAAAAUUGACGAUCAUGAUCUGAUCCUCCAGAAUUUGGCGGGGCGUCUCCGGUUUGAAGGCGCUAAUUGUUUCGCCAAGACGGUAAAACCCCGUGGUUUUCGCGAAACCUGGACGGGGAGGAAGCUAACAUGGUCUCCAGGAACUAAGAUACAGAUGGAGUACACGAACCAAAACCGUUGA